UCUGUUCUAGCGUGCCAGUGGCGCGUGGGCCACCGAUCGAUAUGGUUGUUGUUUGGUUAGCCGCGGUUGUGCUCGCCGCCACCGCGCUUGGCGCCACUAUCGCGCCGACAGAAAAGCAUUCGCUGGAGAAAUCCAGUUGUGGGAGAGUUUGGGUGACAAUACAUUCACCUGCAAUAAGACUGGCCGGCGGAGGGGAAAUAUUGGAUGCUAUUGAACUCAACUGGGAUUUUGCCGAUUGUCACGACCCACCUGACCAAAUAGGUCUUUUUGACCACGAGCCAGGAGCUUGGAACGAUGCGCUAGUUUUCUACCCGAUAGAGACGCCGCAAGGUCGCAUAGUGACGAAGAGAUCUCUGGGGGCGAGCACACUGCCUGCUGGUUGGAACACCGGUGCUGGUGGAAGAGGCCCGCAUUGCUUGUGGCCGUGGGUCGCCGCCGGACACUCCGGAGGCAGUUCUGAAAUCAAGGCGUAUAACUGCUUGAAGAUACAACCAACAUGGAUGGAAGAUAACGCAGCAAGGAUCAACAAGCUCCGCAUCGGUCAGUUGGUGCUACCAGGAGCACAUAACGCGGGCGCGUGGAGUUUCGACACUGAGAUCAGCAGCGUAACCAGAGACAACUUCGUCCUCUGCCAGGACCGCUCCAUCUGGGCGCAGCUCGUCCACGGCAUCAGAUACUUGGACUUCAGGAUAGGAUAUUACGAAUUUUAUACGGAUAAAAAUGAAAGAUACUGGUUGAAUCACAACUUAAUAAGAGUCCGUCCCUUGGUGCCUUUGCUGAAAGAAAUAAGAGCAUUUUUAGAUGCAACUAAUGAGGUCGUGUUUCUGGACGCACAUCACUUCCCAGUGGGAUUCUACGAGCAGGACGGCAGCCCGAUACGCAGUGUGCAUGCUGGCUUGUUGGAACUAGUGAAGCGGGAGCUGGGCCCGCACCUCGCGCAUGCGCAGCAGCUCAGCACCGGCCCCGGCACCCGAGGACCUACGUUGCAGUCUCUACUCAAUAUCAACAAGCGACUGUUGUUCAGUUACGUCGACCAUGCGGUUGUUACAGAAAACAGAUGGCUGUGGCCUAUCCUACCUCACCUUUGGGCAAAUACAAACAGCCCUGCUCUCUUAUUUGAGUACUUAGACGAUGCGAUAACCUCAUCACCACAACCUCAUGCGCUGUCACCAUUAUUCUCCGCUAUGGCACAAACAACGCCGACAGUCCUAGAUAUACUGUUACUACGUGGAUCGCUACGAGCUAACGCUGAGGCUGUUAAUAAAAUUAUAACCAGUCGGUUAAACAGCCAUUGGCGACGUCACGCUAACAUCAUCUCUACAGACUUCUUCCUAGGCAACGAUGUCAUCGAUCUAUCGAUAGCACUUAGUUCAGAACGAGGUGCUCGAUUAUGACGAAGUGAAGCGGGUCUCCGGGUAAAUAGGUCGAUUUGAGGUCGCUCGUUAGUACGCCGCCUCGCAAUUCGUUCUAUUCACACCGCACAGAUUUAUCUAGAUAAAUAAUGAUCGGAAACAUCUAGUGCACUGCCAUACAUUCCAUUGAUGAUAGUGAGAUAUUUUGUAAGUUUUCUAUUUAGAAAUUAACUAGUCAGGCUUUCUGGAACAGUUGUCAAACUUUAUACUCAGAGUACGAGAACUGCUGUUUCAAAAGUUUAUCUUCUAUUUCAAAGUUUAGCAAUGACACACGAUGUUUUAGUUAUGUAGUAGUGAUAAAGAAAUUGGGGUAAAAAAAUCAGGAACUGUAGGAAUCAAAAUAUUAAAGACAUGUGUAUUGUUUCUUUUUUGUGAUUAAUAAUAACCUUAGUUGACUAAAAUGUGUAUUUUGGGUAUUUUUUUUUUAUUUCAUGGUUGUUUUUCAACAGAGCUCAGUUUAUUGGCACCUCUGUUCAACAAGAAAUGUACAUAUGUAAAUUACGGUAUUAUGUAAGCAAAAGUCAUCGAUUGUUAUUCAUCAAAGGAUAAAAUAAAAACAGUAUUUAAAAA